AUGAUGCAAGCUCCCAAGCAAAGUGUGCAAGCGGUUACCCAACCGGCACCUCAAGGUCCUACUAUGCCAAGUUCUUAUUCUUUGCCACAAUCACCAUGCAAUUCACCAGGACCUCAAAGUAUGGCUAUAGUUGCUUGUUGUGCCAUUUGUGGAGGAAAUCAUGCCUCUCAAUCUUGUCAACUAUUGGAUCCAAGUGGCCAAGGGUCAUUCUCAAAUAUGGAACAAGUGGAUGCAAUAGGGUUCUCUAGGCCUCAAGGGCAAGGUUUCCAAGGAUAUGGUCAACAAAGGAAUCAAUAUGGAGGUCAAUAUAGAAAUCAAUACGGGAAUUCAUGGAACAACCAAGGAAGGAACCCACCCCCGGGUUUUCAAGGAAAUCAAGGCAAUAGGGGUGGAAAUCAAGGAAACAAUUGGAGGGGCAAUCGAGGCCAAGGUCAAUGGAACAAUCAAGGUGGUCAAGGGAGUGGGAAGGCUUUGAAGGAUCCACCAUACCCAACCAAUGACAAAGAGCUUGAGAAAGGGAAUGAGAAAAAUGAGAGUGAACUAGAGAAAGAAGAAGUGGAAAUACAAGACAUUCUUGAGAGUGACAAUGAGGAGGAGCUUCUCAUUCAAAGAGACAAAGCAAAAGGGAAGGCUCCUAUGCAAGAUGAAAGCAAUGAAAACAAGAAGGUUGCACCAAAGGGCAAGCAAACACAUGACUCGGUUAUACCAUGUAACCUCCUACCAUUUCCACAAAGGUUGUGGAAGUCAAAAGAUACCGAGAGAGAGAACAAAUUCAAGAUGAUGUUGGACAAGCUUAAAAUAUCUAUGCCCUUUGUUGAUGCUGUUACUCAAAUUCCUUCUUACAAAAAAUUCUUGAAGGACAUUUUGAGUAACAAGAAGAAGUUGGAAAAGAGUGCGGUGGUUGAUAUGAGUGAAGGAGCUUUGACAUGUGCCGUUCUCCAAAAACAUUUGCCACCGAAGUUGAAAGAUCCCGGGAGCUUUGCUAUUCCAUGCAUUGUGGGAGGAUUUGUGGUAGGCCGUGCCUUAUGUGAUCUUAGAGCUAGUAUGAGCCUCAUGCCGUAUUCCCUUUGCAAGAGGCUCAACCUCGGAGAACCUAAGCCUACUACAAUGACUCUCCAAAUGGCGGACCGUUCAAUCAAGCGCCCGGUUGGUGUGCUAGAGGAUAUCCUAGUCAUGAUUGACCAAUAUUUCAUUUCGGGACACUUCGUGAUUCUAGACAUUGAGGAGGAUACCAAGGUCCCCAUUAUCCUUGGUAGGCGUUUCUUAGCCACCGCCGGAGCCAUCAUAGAUGUGAAGAGAGGCAAGCUCGUGAUAGAAGUGGCCGAGCAUAAAAUUGAGUUCAAUAUAUUCAAAAUGGCCAAGCACCAACCUUCUUACGUGGAUGAAUGCAAUAUGGUGGAGAUGAUAGAAGGGUGCGUUAAUGAAGCAAGAAUGGCCUAA